CGCCGCCGCUGCCGCCGCCGCCGCCGCCUCCCAGCCUCCGCGAUGGACCUGUUCGGGGACCUGCCGGAGCCCGAGCGCUCGCCGCGCCCGGCUGCGGGGAAAGAAGCUCAGAAAGGAUCUCUGCUCUUUGAUGAUCUCCCUCCGGCCAGCAGUACUGACUCAGGAUCGGGGGGACCUUUGCUUUUUGAUGAUCUCCCACCAGCCAGCAGUGGUGAUUCAGGUUCUCUUGACACUUCGAUAUCCCAGGUGGUAAAGAAUGAAGGGAAAGGAGCAAAGAGAAAAACCUCUGAAGAAGAGAAGAAUGGCAGUGAAGAGCUUGUGGAAAAGAAAGUUUGUAAAGGCUCUUCGGUGAUCUUUGGUUUGAAAGGCUACGUGGCUGAGCGGAAGGGCGAGCGGGAGGAGAUGCAGGACGCCCAUGUCAUCCUGAAUGACAUCACCGAGGAGUGUAGGCCCCCCUCCUCCCUCAUUACCCGGGUUUCAUAUUUUGCUGUUUUCGAUGGACAUGGAGGAAUUCGAGCCUCAAAAUUUGCUGCACAGAAUUUGCAUCAGAACUUAAUCAGGAAAUUUCCUAAAGGAGAUGUAAUCAGUGUAGAGAAAACCGUGAAAAGAUGCCUCUUGGACACUUUCAAGCAUACUGAUGAAGAAUUCCUGAAGCAAGCUUCAAGCCAGAAGCCUGCCUGGAAAGAUGGGUCCACUGCUACCUGUGUUCUGGCUGUAGACAACAUUCUUUAUAUUGCCAACCUCGGAGAUAGUCGGGCAAUCCUGUGUCGUUACAAUGAGGAGAGUCAAAAACAUGCAGCCUUAAGCCUCAGCAAGGAGCAUAAUCCAACCCAGUAUGAAGAACGAAUGAGAAUACAGAAGGCUGGAGGGAAUGUCAGGGACGGGCGUGUCCUGGGUGUGCUGGAGGUGUCCCGCUCCAUCGGGGAUGGGCAGUACAAGCGCUGUGGGGUCACUUCUGUGCCAGAUAUCAGACGCUGCCAGCUGACCCCCAACGACAGGUUUAUUUUGCUGGCCUGUGAUGGCCUCUUCAAGGUCUUUACCCCAGAAGAAGCCGUGAACUUCAUCUUGUCCUGCCUUGAGGAUGAGAAGAUCCAGAGCCGCGAAGGGAAGCCCGCCGUGGAUGCCCGCUAUGAAGCCGCCUGCAACAGGCUGGCCAACAAGGCGGUGCAGCGGGGCUCGGCGGACAAUGUCACCGUGAUGGUGGUGCGGAUAGGGCGCUGAGGUGCUGCGGGCCGGAGCGCGGCAUGGUGUGGACUUCCGAUGUUCAUUUUGUGUGUUGUGCACAUUAUGUGUUUCGUGUACUCCUGUUGGAUUCCCAUGGUUGUAAAUAAAGUUUUUUUUUUUUUUUUCUA